AUGGAUGUCGAUGCAGUUGGAUUUUUAAGAACGCACAGCGUUGUAGAAGUUCGAGAUCUUGAUUUGGAGAUUUCUGGCGAUGCUGCCAAGCUGUACGACAAGUUUGCACAGGAGCUCAGAGAACAGUACGGAGAGAUAUUGGAGGUGACGAAGUCUGUUGGAGAGUUGUUUGGUUGUUUGAAGAGAGGUGAUUUUGAACUGAGAGAUCUUUGUUUUAGGGAUGAUUUGUACAAGUUGAAGAAGCUAGAGCCUUUGGAGGGAACAAUAGAGAGGGAAAAUGUAAAGGAAAGUGCUGCGGACGAUAACGGUGCUGCCAAUAAGGUCCUACUCAUCUCGAACUGGUCCUUGGCGAUUUCUGAUUUUGUAUCUAGGUUUGCAGUCUCAUUGUCCUCCGCCAAGCUGUUUGAUCAGGUAAUCACACAGUUCCAAAAUCUUCAGGAAUAUGGCCAGUGGCAGGAGUACGAAACAGUCAUCCGUGAUAAGUGUGAGCAAUUUGUGCAGUACUUGCUGGAUUCCUCAUCGAAUAAUAUUACAUUUACGGUGGGACAAUGGGCACGUAUUUGGUCACUUGUGUUUAAAGGUACCAACUUUCCCUGGAACGGCGAACAAGUGUUGAAAUUGGACGAGAUACUAUUCCAGAGUCUUUUUCAAGAAUCACUAGACGUUCUGAUGAAUGAUACCGAUGAGGAAGUGUCGAAAUUUGUUCAUUCUUCCGAAUUUGAGCAGAAACUCAAUGCCAAGAUCUUACAGGAUAUCGAACGUCAAUUUCAAUUGCUCGAAGAUCUGGUGUCACAGCAGGAAGAAGACACGACCCCCACAUUCGAAUACCCACGAGCUGUACAGGAACUGGAUGUUGCACAGGUGGUGGAAAACUGUAGGUUACAUUCUAUUGGGCUUACCACGAGGUCAAGGGUGCAGAUGUACAACUUAGUGGACCCACUAAUACAAAUGAUAAACGAUUUACAAGUUCACGGAGGUCAAUCUGAUCAAGUAACACAACUGCGCAGGAAAUUAGCUACUGUGUUGAAGAACAAGAUUCCCGUGACUGAUGAGCACAAAGAACCAAACGAAUCCCUAACGAUGGAUCAAGUGCUUGAACAUCUAAUGACGAAUCAAAACGAUUCAAGUGCUUCGCGGUUGAUUCGUAAACAGAUUAAUGCGCUAGGAGCAUAG